GAGGUGACGCUCCUCUGAAGGAACAGAGAGAGAGGGAAAAGGCAAAAGAGAGGGCUGCAUCUCCAUUGAAAUAUUUGUCAAGGAGUCUUAUAGAUACAGAUAGAAUAUAUAACCGGACAUAUUUUGGCAAUAAGACAAAGAAAAGGGGCGGUUUUGUGAUUUGAUAGGAAACAGAGACAGUUCUCAGGGUGUUGUUUUUUUCCUUGCUUCAUUUUAAUCCAUUUUGCCAUCAUUAGCAUGAUCAUAAGUAACACUCGGCAAUAAGAUAUAUAUAUUUUUAGGCAUUUUUCCUGCUGGGCGAUACACAUAAAAAACAACUAAAUCAUCUUUGAAUGCGAUUGGAUAUACUCCACCUCCGUAUAUUUUUUUAACAAAGAAAGAAAUCCACACCGUGAUUGAUGAUUUUUGCGUGUUGUUGCCACACAACCCGCUGAAGGCAAAACUCCUCCUCCCUCCUCAUCCUCCUCCUCCUCCCUCCGGUUUCUCUCAUCUUCUCCCUCCUCCUCCCUCCUCCUCCUCCUCCCCCUCCCCCCCCUCCGGUCCUCUAUGCUCAGUUCGGUGUGUGUAUCCUCUUUCAAAGGGCGCAAGGGUGGGAACAAGUCGUCCAACAAAGCAUGUUACAGCGCAGACAUGACUUGUCCGUCGGAAAGCGAGAAAAUCGUGAUAAACUGCGGCGGGGUGCGCCAUGAGACGUACCGGAGCACCUUGAAGACGUUGCCGGGCACCCGCCUGUCGUGGCUCACCGAGCCGGACGCCUUCAGCAACUUCGACUACGACCCCAAAUUGGACGAGUUCUUCUUCGACCGCCACCCGUCCGUCUUCUCGUUCAUCCUCAACUACUACCGCACAGGGAAGCUGCACUGUCCCAACGACGUGUGCGGUCCCUUGUUCGAGGAGGAGCUCGCCUUUUGGGGCAUCGAUGAGACGGACGUGGAGGCGUGCUGCUGGAUGAACUACCGCCAGCAUCGGGACGCCGAGGAAGCGCUGGACAGCUUCGAGACGCCCGAGCCGGACGCGCCGGAUGACGACCCGGCUCUGGGGGGCGCGGACGGGGACCUGAAAAGACUCUGCAUGCAGGAGGACGCCAGGAGGGCGGGCUGGUGGAAAACCUGGCAGCCUAAAAUCUGGGCGCUCUUCGAGGACCCCUAUUCAUCCAAAUACGCUCGGUAUGUGGCGUUUGGUUCCCUAUUCUUCAUCCUCAUCUCCAUCUCCACUUUCUGCAUGGAGACGCAUGAGGCCUUCAACACCAUCCUCAACAAGACAGAGAAUGUCACGGUGGGCAACGUGACGCGCGAGGAGAUAGUCUACGAGGUGGUAACCGACAGCUGGCUGACGUACGUGGAGGGCGUGUGCGUCAUCUGGUUCACCAUCGAGGUUCUGCUGCGAGUCAUCUUCUGCCCCGACAAGUUCGAGUUCUUCAAAAGCACCCUCAACAUCAUCGACUUUGUGGCCAUCCUGCCCUUCUACCUGGAGGUGGGCUUGAGUGGUCUGUCCUCCAAAGCUGCCAAGGACGUCCUGGGGUUCCUGCGGGUCGUGCGUUUCGUUCGCAUUCUCCGAAUCUUCAAGCUGACCCGCCACUUUGUGGGCCUGCGUGUCCUCGGCCACACCCUUCGCGCUAGCACCAAUGAAUUCCUCCUGCUCAUCAUCUUCUUAGCCCUCGGUGUCCUCAUCUUCGCCACCAUGAUCUACUACGCAGAGAGAAUCGGAGCCGACCCAGAUGACCCGACGGCGAGCGCCCACACCAAUUUCAAGAAUAUCCCCAUCGGCUUCUGGUGGGCCGUGGUCACCAUGACCACCCUGGGCUACGGAGACAUGUACCCGGAGACGUGGUCGGGGAUGUUGGUGGGCGCUCUGUGUGCCUUGGCUGGUGUGCUGACCAUCGCUAUGCCCGUUCCUGUCAUCGUCAACAACUUCGGCAUGUACUACUCUCUGGCCAUGGCCAAACAAAAGCUUCCCAAAAAGAAGAACAAACACAUUCCCAGAGCACCCCAACCGGGGUCUCCCAACUACUGCAAGCCAGACGCCCUGGCCAUGGCUACUGCUUCGCCGCAAAGGCUCUUGGGGAAUGUCCUAGGUGGAGUGAUGGGUUCUGGAGGCAUUGGGGGUGACUGUCCUCUCGCCCAGGAAGAAAUUAUAGAGAUCAACAGAGAUUCCAAGCAGAACGGCGAUGCAGCUUCGGCUGCGUUGGCCAACGAAGACUGCCCCACCAUCGACCAGGUGCUCAGCCCAGACGAGAGGAGCCCCAUCGGGCGGGGUCCUACCCGGGAACGCUACCAGCAGGACCGCGCCUGUUUCCUGCUUAACACCAGGGAAUUCCGAGCCACAGAUGGGAAUGUGCGGAAAGCGACCAACUACGAGAAAUCUCGCAGUGUCACAAGCGUCACAGGAAUAGCAGGCUCGUCUCUGCGGCUAGCUCCGAUCAGUAGCCCUCCUUUCGAAACCUACGAGGCGCCGGGCCCGCUUCGCCGCUGUCGCUCCCCCAUCCCCUCCAUUUUGUAGCGGGGAGGUUGCACAAGCUCAGACGCGAAAAGAUGCUCAACCCAACAGCACACUAAGAGUCUUUCAACGGAUUUUGCAGCGCGCAAAACCGAUAGCAAUAAGAUCACGUGAACUUGAAUGUAGACGGAAUGACCUCUUGUCUUGUGAAUCUCAUGGUUUAUCAUGCAUGUGUCAGGUUAGCUGAUGGGGUCUAAUUAAAAAAAAAAAAAAAGCUUUAAAGAUACGUUAUUUUUAAUCGUUAGAAUAAGUGGAAUUGUAUCACAGCUUCACAUUUAGUGUACACUGUUUUUAUGUGUUAUGAUCACAAAAACCUUCUAUUCAUUUUAGGCCAAAGAUUAAAAAAAAAAGAUACAUGUAUAGCCAACUGAUUUUUACAUUCUGACAGUUGUGAAAAUUAGUGAAUGUACAGUGUAAAAGGCCUGCAGCAUUUUGCUAUUUAAAAAAAAACAGCUGCUGUAAAAAUAAAAAAAAAUACAUCAAUGCAAGAAAAAAAAGCCAAAAAAAAUUUAAAUAUUUUACAUUUCAAAAGUAAGUUCAUUAAUAAUAGUAAUAAUAAUCGCAGAAAAUAAUGCAUGUGGUCUCACGGCCAUUUAGUAGAAAACUGUACAAACAUUAAGCAAUAUGUUGUUUGCAAAUUUAAUUUGUUAUUUCAACAACUCGGCAUUAUUCACAAGUCAAAAGACUUUUUUUUCUAAUUUCCUUACAAUAUUUUGUACAAAAUAUUUCAUGUUAAGCCAUGUUAAUUGAAUACGGAAAAUAAUCACACUUAAAAGUGCAAUAAAUAGUACAUUUUAUAAUAAAAAUAUUUUUUAAAAAUCAGGUUUAAGUGCACAGUUUUAUUUUUAUUUAUUUUUUUUAACAGAAUUUUGGGAUAAAACCUACAAUUAAAAAUAAAAGAAUAUUUUCAUUUAUUUAAUUGCUUGACCAUAAACAUUAAGGAUUUUACACAAUAAUUCAUAUGCAAUAAAAGUAUUUUUUUUUAAUGAGUUCUAGGUACUUUAAAAGUCUCUAACGUUAAGGGCGGUACUCGCUGAGUCAUUUACAUAUGCAAAAUAUGUGCAACGUUCAAAGGUAUUAGGGAUAGUUGGGAAUUGUGGACAUGAAAUUGUCACUUCCGGUCCUGAGCCAAGUUCUGUUGGGAUUUGGUUGCUGAGGAAAGUAGUUCCGGCUGGGCGACGUUUAGGAACAUAAUCCUCCUCGCAAAAGUGUACACUUGCACUCCUUGUCCGUGGAAAACGAAGCAAUUUGUAGGGCGACACUUCCUUGUUGUCACAGCGGACGUACCAUUUUUUUUUUUUUAACCACGGUAUGCGAUCCUCAACACAGGCGAAGUGAUAUGACAGCAGAGACAUAUUUUUUUAUUAUUAAUAAUUAAAUAUUUAUUAUGAAAUAAUUAUUUUAUUUCCAGUAAGCAUUUUUGUGACGCUUUUGAAUGCGUAUUGUUUUGAGAAGCCAAACUCUUUAUUUAAACUGCCCCCCAGCAACACGGAACUACUUUCCUCAGCACCCAAAUCCCACCAGAACUCAUGUCAUAAAAUCCCUUUAAUGAGCCAUUGGUCUUUGUUGAUUUUUUUAAAAAGUGUAUUUUAUCGAUGAGACUGACUUGUAAGUGAAGUUUGUCAGGUAUUAGAUGGACACUGUAGCCACGUUUACAUGAGUUUUUUUCUUUCCGAAUGACCUUUCCGAAAGCAAUGGUAUACAUGGAAAGGAAUAUUCUAAUGGCGUGUCUACAUGCGGCGCUAUAAUCAACCAGAAUAGUCAAUGGGGCAUGCCCAGUAAAGCGUAAACACCAACAUCACGUGAUACCGACUUCCUCCAGUUUUUCUUUCACUUGUUGGAAUAACUCCGUAUUGCCAGUUUUUCCUUCGUCCAGUCUUGAAAUUUAGUUUGAAUCAAAAACAAACUUUCCUUAGCAGUCCAGUGCCGAUUGCUCGCCUCCAUUUAAGAACAUCUGGAGCUGCGUGUUACGUCAUAUCUCAGCAUUCGCUGAAAGAACGCACCCGGGAACAGGAAAAGAUAAAGUUCAAUCUUGCUAAUAUUUUAUAAUUAAGCUCGGCACAUGUUUUAUAUAGAUAUGUAUUUUCUUUUUUAAUAAAACUGGACUUGUGAAUGGCGUAUAGAAGGGUUUAGAUUCUGUUCCACAGAUGGCGCUAAUGCACACCAAAGCUGCUUGCCAACCGCCAAUAAACAACAGAAGAAGAAAAACACCACGAAGAAGAACGCAGUCUGACAACUUUCCGUUUGAGCGGGUACAAGAUACCUCAAUCGGAUUGGGGAAAGGAAUAUUCCACCCCUGGGAAUCCCAUUAUAUAUUCAUUCGGAUUGGCACUUUUCUUUCGGAAUGAGGUGUAUACAAAGGUUAGAUUCCUUCCGUUUGAGCAAAUAACCCGAAUGGAAUUGGAAUAUUUGGGUCCAUGUAUACGUGGCUUGUGUCAAAAUUUCCAUUUCGGAAUGUUCAUUUUUAUUUGAUUUUUAAAAUCAAUGUGCUUCCAAGCUAAACCUUGUCAUCAUUUUAGACCAACUUUUCGAAGUAACGCAUGCCGGGUUUGUUUAGCUUACAAUCAUUGUGAGUAACGACCAAAAAAAUAUAAAUAUAAUGAAGUGUAUAAAGUGUGGAAGCGUAAAAUGAAAGGAAUUGUGGGACAAGAAGUUUGAAAUUUGAUUGAAGCUGCAGAAAAACAACAAUGUGGUGUACUAAUGGGCGCCAUGGGUUUAUGCUUCAAUGACCUUGUUAGUGCAGUACAUUACAGUACUUGCUAGCUCUCCUUGGAUAAAAGCCUCUGUAAGCAUUUUAGCACACCAACACUCCUUCUUCCACAGUAUGGGUACCAUGAUGUUCUUUCCUUUUUUGGAAACGUUUCUAUUACUAAGAAAAUGUCACUUUAUUUUUUCCUGAGUUUGCUUUAACUUUGUAUUUGCAUUGUAUUGAAUUUCAAUGAAUGAUGGGAUCAUAUCAUACAAUUGUGUUCAUGAAAAAUCCAAAUAGGCAAAUAAAUGUAAGAAGUGCCUCUAUGAGGCCCCUGAUGUCAACAUUCAUGCAGAUUAGCUAGAUUUAACUAGCGAUGCUUAACACACCCAUAAUUAUUGCACAUGUACAUAUCUGUAUCAAGACGCGUGAAUACAUUAAAGUCCUAUCAAAUGCGAUCUGUCCUAUCUAUGCAUACUCUGAGUGUGGCUUCAUAGCGAUGAAUCGGUAGGUUGUGUUCUUACUCGAAUUUUGUAGGACAUUGUACAAAAAGUUCUAUGGCAUUAGACUUGGAUGACAUAUUCAAUACUUUAUUGCCAUUGUUAUAAUAAACACAAUUUUGCAUGCAAAUGUGAAAAAAGUACUCCACAAAAAUACUCCAUUUUGCCAUUGAAGGUUUCAUAAUUCAUUAUAACUUGAAGUAUGUUAUUCCACAAGAUAAAAACACGACAAAAUUUGGGUGAACACAACAUUCUGCUUUUUUUAAUGAUAUUGCUACUAAUUUUCUUGCCACUGGUACUACAACAUGGCUGUUUGGAGUAAAUGGGAAGUCUGGGGAAGAGCUGGUGCAGUGAAGCUACUGUCAAUGUGUAAAUCUUGAAUCUGGAAACUAGAUUGGCUUAUGUAGUCUGUGAGCCUCUCGUACUAAAAAAACGGCUACAUUUACAUGCAGUCAAAUAAUUCCAUCCUAACCGGAAUAUUAGCAAUAACCCGGUUACGCAUGGUUGUAUAAACACAAAUAACCGUUUUGAAAAACCCCAAAUAUGCUCAUAUUCCGUUUUUAAAAACUUGAAUAUUAGACCUGGGUUACUUCUUUUCCAGUCUGAAUAUUGGAUCAUGUAUACGGGAUAAGCCCAUCGAAAGGAACAUUGAAUUGUGUUCUGCGCAUGUUCCAUUCUUUGACAAGAACUAUUGAAUUUGAAAACAUGGCAGCACGCAAAACUGCAUACUUUUGGCGUGACGAGGAAACUAACCAUCUUAUUAAUGUGCUGAAAGACAGAAAAAUGUCUGUCCUUUAUCGACAUAUACUACCGGCCUUGCUGGUGUUUUUGUUUUUGUAUACAGGAAGAAAAAGCGGAAAUACGUCAUGAUGUUCUCCUUGCGUUGUUGUUUUGAUUGGGAUAUACAAGUACCAUGUAAACUUGUUAUACCGAAUGCUUCAGGAACCGGAAUAUUGACUGCAUGUAAAUGUAGUGGGGUUUUUUUUUACGUGGUUUUUGGGCAUUUUCAGGCGGUCUUGGAAUGUUGCCCCAGUGAAAAUCAGAGAUUUAUUGUUGUCCACUUAUUGUGAAUUAUUGUGAAGAAGUCUUGUAUUGUACACUGUUUCAUGUGUAGGGUUGAAAUACUGCAUAUUUAUAUUUAUUAUUUAUUUUAUUUAUAUUUAAUACUACAUAUUCAAUUCACUAGCAAGAUCGCAGUGUAUAUACUGGUCAUAUAUUUCAUUUCAUAUUAUCUUGUAAAUUAUUUGUAUAUAAUCCUGGUUAAAAUUGUUAAUUUGUUAAUACGUUUAGGUUGUUUAUAUUCUUUAUUUUUAUAUUGUUUAUUUUUACUUUUUAACUGGUUCUGUCCUCUUUGCUGCUGUGCAAUGCAAAUUUCCCCACUGAGGGACCAAUAAAGGCAUAUCUCAUCUUAUCUUUAAUUAAUUUUCUAACUAUUAAAGUAUAUUACUGUCUUACUGUCGGUUAAAUAAAUAGAAGAACAAGAAAUUAUUUGAAAAGGCUGUACAGUGGUUAAAAGACUACUAUAGAAUAUGAGUUCUGUACUCUGUUAUGGACGAGAAAGUUCUGUUUUUUUCAAGCAGAAAAAACCUCGGCGACAAUCCCUGGCGACAACAGAUACAGAAGACGGGGAAGGAAUGGACAAGAACGCCAAAAAGACAAAUUAUGUGUACAUUUAUACACAAAUGUUGAAUUCUCUGCUUUGUAUUGCUACUGCAGAAGUAUUUAACCUCCCUGUAAACAAAGCAUGCUUGCAGGAAAUGCAGUACAAGACGUGCUUGUUGUUAAAUUUGCAUGACGCAUCGCUUCUACAGGGAGGUUAAGACGACUGUCCUGUUUAUUUUUCCCCACAAGAAUGAAUUACAUUUUCUUUUCAUGUUCCCAUGAACAUUACAUGUACUGUAUUUGUGUGUGUCCAUUUGUCAGAAGAACAUGUUUCAAGUGUACAUGGUCACCCCGAAUGGAAAUGUCUGCACACACACACACACACACACACACACACGUCACUUUUAUUGAUGUAGAUGAUUUGAUAGCAUUGUGUCAAAAACUAUUGAUGCUGCAAAGCUGUGUUGUGCAAAUGAACAUACUUGCUAAAAACAAGCUAAAUGAUGACUGAUGGGUUUAUAUUAGCUGAACGCUACUGUAAACCAACAUAACAAUUAGCUAAAUCAGUGGUUCUCAAACUUUUUACACCUCGAAAAUGUUUGCUACCUCCUCUUACCGCCAUGGUUUAGAUCCAUGGUGCGGUAGAGCCCCACAAAUUUUCAGAUUUUUGGUCAGAACAUUUUAUUUUUUAUUGUUUUUUCUGCAGAAAGUCAGUUGUAAUUUAUAAAUACGUGAUAAUAUGGCUUAAACGUACAGAAUACAUGAACCAGCCCACAGUAAUUUUUACAUGUUUAUGUCUUAAUGUGUCACUUAUGGGUUUUUUUUCCCAUGUGGGACACAUAGACUAUGUGACACAUAGUCACAUGGUUGUUUGCCGCUAAGCGAAAGUCAAGUGGAACCUCAGUUAGCGUCGUUAAUCUGUUUCAGAAAGUCCAAAACACUUUUUUUUCAAUUUUUUCUGAAAUUCAAUUUCAGUUUCUCAUCUCCUUUAAUGAAGUGCUGGAACUUGCAAGUUGGUUUGGUAAUUUUGCAGUUGUGGUGUAACUGUGUUGACGAGCAAAGAACUACAGAGUCAACCUCUGACGACAUCAUAGAUGAGGGUCGAUGACUUCCAGUUUCCAUGCUGACAUGGUGCUAACCUGGACGUUUUUUGAUAAAAAUACAUAACAAAUACAGUUGGACUCAUGAAAUGUAUUAAUCUAUAAAUUAAUCUAUAAAUUAAUCUAUAAAUAUAUAUAAUAAACACAGCAAGACACACAGCAUUUUGUACCCUAACAUGCAUGCAAACGGAGGCAAAUAUUUGCUAACCGGGGUGUACGAGGUUCCACUUUUUAUAACUUUCUGAGUAUCGAUACUUUACAAAAAGCGUAGUAAGUAAUAAGGGUUACAUUCCAUUUUCUUCUUCUUACCCGGGAAGUCCGGACUUCCCGGUCCCCGGCCACCUCCUCCAGGUCUACUGGGAGGACACCAAGGCGUUCCCAGGCCAGCUGUGAGACAUAAUCACUCCAGUGUGUCCUAGGUCUGCCCGCGGGUCCUUCUCCCAUCUAAACAUGCCCGGAGGCAUCUGGACUCGAUGCCCGGAGCCCCUUCAACUGGCUCCUCUCCAUGUGAAGGAGCAGAAGCUCUACUCAGAGCUCCUCCCAGAUUACCGAGCUCCUCACUUUAAUAAGUAAUUAAUGUGUGAGGCAUAUUUAAGGUUAAAAGUUAAAACCUGGAUUGUGUUGCGAUUGAACAAUGGUAGGUGUGUAAAAAAAUACAUAUUUGAGGUGUAUCGAUUACGGAUUUUGGCCAAUCACAGGUGGGUAUGGAACUGAACGUCCAGGAAAAGCGUGACUCUAUAGUAUAGUACAAAUGUGGUGUGCCUCCCCACCACUAAAUAAUACCCCCAGCGGUACUCGUAGUACAGUUUGAGAAUCAUUGUGCGAGCUUAUAGCAUGAAUGCAUCAAUGCCCUGCUUUAUGCUGAUGUUAUGUUGUGAUUGGUAAUGGCUCUCUGUUCUUGUCUUCACAGUGUUAAGUUUCUAGCGUUCGCCUUUUCACUCUAACGAGGAGUCGGUAAGCUGUUAACACAUAUUUGCAGCGGGAGCCACGUAAAGCGGCAAGCCUGACGUGGAUGGACAGUUUUUUUUAAAAGGAGAUCUUUUUGGCGGAGGGGGUGACGAGAAAGAAGGGCCACCAGUUAAUCAUGAAUUCCAGAAAAUUCACACGGUCUGCUCCUGCUCACGUCGUUACCAAAGUAGCCUCUCUGAACUCCAACCGCCGCCAUUUUUUGACAUCUGUCUGACAGACCCCCCCCCCCCCCCCAUGCUCUCCUUUCCCCCCCUUUUUUCGGGCCAAUUGACUGAGCACUGCACUGACACACUUUGGGAGAGAAACAAAAAGACUCCUGUAGACACAUUCCAGAUGACAUCACUCAAGAGACAACAUCACUGGCGGCCAUCUUGUUCCAUGGCCUACUCUACUGUACCAUGAACUGAGCAACGUAAAAAAAAAAAAAAAACAACAACAAAAUAAUUGUCUUCACAUGGGACUGAAUGAACAAUGUAGCAUCUCUGCUAACAUACUGUAGCAUUCGUUGGCUGGGAGACUACCUGACUUGAAGACUAAGGUAUUUAUGCAGUUUAGAUGUCACUCCCCUCUUGAGAUCCUUUUUUCAGUGAAGACACACAGACGGUACAUGAGAGAAAAAGCAUCGGUCUUCACUUUCAAAAACACUUCUGGAGAGGAGAAUAAGAUGGCUAUCAUGAUCAAGAAACUUUGUCUUCCAUUCACUUCUAACGUAAAAGCUACUAUGACGAAAUAAACCCAUGUAGCAUCAAACGACGACAACGUUAAAGACCUCCCCUUUCCUCUCAUGUACUGAAAAAAAAGGGGGGAUACCUGCUGAAUGAUCUCUGAUAUAAUGUCGAUUAGCAAAAUGAGCUUCUAAAAACAAUCUUUAAUCCUUUUAACUGCCACUUACAUCCACUUUCUAUUUGAGUGAAGCACACAGAAGCAAAUGCGGCUCGAGCGGAAAAUAGACUCAAGGAUACAGGGGCAGACUGUUGUCAGUCUUUGGCCAAUUCUGCUAAUUAGAAUUUAAAAAAUCCCCUCUCUGCCCUAUUCCACAAGGACACUUUUUACACCCAGUGUAACCGUCCAUUAGCCGGGACCAGUCACAUGAUGUAUUCCACACAAAGGGCCUACACUGCCAUCAAGGCACAAGAAUCCCCCUGCCCACAGAUGAAUACUGCCCAAAAUCCCUCUGCAGUACUCUCGCUGCCAGCGGGUUGCUUCACUGGUGAGUCGAUAUUCAAGACGAGGACGGCCCUUGAGAAGCAGAAGCGGACCAAGUAGAGAACAAGUGUAUUACAACAACAACAAAAAAAAUCUAUAUUUUGAUAAAAACAAAUCCACGGCAUCUGAUCGGAAGCUGGUCAAGGAUGGGAGGAUUGGAAAAUAAAAAAAUAAUGCAAAAUGAAAAAGAUAAAAUGAGAAGAAAUGGCGGACUCCAUGGAAGUUGGCCACGUGCACUGACUGAAAAGACUGAGCAAAGAUGGACUCAUGUCAAAGAGAAUGGAUGGACGCUGAGUUAAACAAAGAAAGGUUGACCGUGUGGGGGGGUGGGUGGGGUUCAGGGGAUGUGGGAGAUGAUGCAUUUUUGUAACUUUGUUUACCAGCAUGACUACUUUGCAUGACUGUCUUUUCUGCAAGCCCUUAGUUGAAGACGAGGGUGCUAGAGAUACAAAAACCUAUAUAUAAAAUGAAUUUAAAAAAUGUUAUAUGCAAUUCAUGUUUUGAACAAACAAAAAAAAGAUUCUAAUGAAGAGAAGAUCUAUUUUGUUUUUAAAAGUAAAAAAAAAAAAUGUGAAUAUUGAAAUGUAUGUUUGCAACGUACACCCUGAACUAUGUUUCUGUUGGAUGAAAUCUCUUUGCUCCUACUGCCCUACUUUCCUCAUUCCAGGGUUUGCAUCCAUGCUAACAUAGUUUGACUUUAAAAAUGCAAUCAAGCAGUAUAUUUUUUCCGACCAUUUCAUUCACUGUUGUCGUCCCGGAGUUUGCCGAUUUAGCUUACGCGCAAAGUCGAACUGUUUGCACAACAAUGGUAGCAGCAGCAACAGCAGCGACUGGAAAACAUGAAGCUCUCUGUACUUUGCUUGAUUGACACUCAAAGUUUGCUUUUAUUAGUUUUUCUUUUGGCAAUAAUACAAGACAAGUUGAGACAUGACUGUAGCAGGGAAAUCUGGACAGAGGUUCUGUUCCCUUAGGCCUGAAGAAGGACGCUCUGAAUAGACAGUGGAACCUUAAAAGCUGAUCAUAACACAUCCAUCUUCUACUGCUUAUCUGAGUUGGGUGGUGGAGGCAGGAAACUAAGCAGGAAGCCCAGACUUCCCAGCCACUUUGUCCAGCCCCCUGGCUAGCGUGUCCAACAUCUCCACCAUACAUGGUAUUGGUUGGUCACUACUUCCACCCUCCUGAGGCGGGGGAUGGUGGCCCAAGAAUAUGUUGGGAAGUCAUUCUCCAUGGCUUCUCCGAACUCUGCCUCAGUGACUUUCGCAGACACAGACCGCUUGGCCUGCUGGUCCGGAGUCCCAUGGGCCUCAAAGGCCUAAUAUGACUCCUUCAGCUUGACAGCAUCUCGUACCACUGGUGUACACCAAUGGGUUCUGGAAUUAACGCCACCACAGGCACCGACCACAGUGCCGAUCAGCCGCCUCAACAAUGGAGGGAUGGAACCUGGCCUCAAUGGCGGCCACCUCCAUAUGGUCGAAGCUCUCCCAGUUGAAACUCCUUCUGCUGGGGACUCAACGCUCACUUUGGUAGCAACAGUGAGACCUGGAGGCGUGAUUGGGAGGAACUGCUCCCCUGAUUUGAACCUGAGUGGUUCACUUGACUCCAGGACACCCUGAGCCGCAGUUUGAUGAUUUACAUUGUGGUUGUGUCAUCUGACUUUGUGGCCAUAUGUUUAACACUCAGAUGAAGAGGGGGAUGGAGCUGUCAAACAAUUACCACCUGGGGCUGAGUUUCCGCCCAUGGUGGUAGAGGCCGAAAAGACAUUGUGAGGGUCUACUGUCAGAAUCCCAGAGGGAGCACUCUACAGUACUCCAAAAAGAGCUGGUCCAAUGAUGUUUCUCUUCAUAGGGAUCCGUUGAGCCACUCUUCUGGUCUUUCACCUUGGACCUGUUUUGGAACUGUCACAGGUGACCCUACCAGGGGCAUAAAAGCACCUGGAUCAUCGGGACACUAUACACAUCAUAAAACCUUUAAUCAUCCCAUAUUGUUACCAUGUUUCAGUUUUCAAAAAUUAAUACAUGAUAACUGUUUUGUGGUUGAUUGUGGCCGACAAAAUAUGUCAAAAAAUAUAGAAAGACGGGCUGCACGCAGGCCUCACAGCUAGGAAACUCUAGUUCAAUUCCACCCUCGGCCAUCUCUGUGUGGAGUUUGCAUGUUCUCCUUGUGCAUGCGUAGGUUUUCACCGGGUACUCCGGUUUCCUCCCACAUUCCAAAAACAUGCUAGGUUAAUUGGCGACUCCAAAUUGUCCAUAGGUAUGAAUGUGAGUGUGAAUGGUUGUUUGUCUAUAUGUGCCCUGUGAUUGGCUGGCUGGCGACCAGUCCAGGGUGUACCCCGCCUCUCGCCGGAAAACAGCUGGGAUAGGCUCCAGCAGGAUAAGCGGUAGAAAAUGAAUGAAUGAAUAUUGAAAGACCAUUCAUAGUAGUAUUGUGUAGUAUUGUGGAUUGGGUUACCUUCACACUGCAUGUGGUCAGCCUUGGCAUGUCCGACAUGAUAGAGUGGGGAAAAAAACAGUCUCCUUCCAUUACAUGUGGAAGUGGUAAGUUUUGGGCUUCUUGCUUUGUUCUUCUCCACUCUGUUUGAAACAAGUUUAGAACAAGGCUAACUAGUUGGGAGAGAAUAUAUGCAAACUCCAUACAGAGAUGCAAACUCCGAUCUUCCUUUUCAAGGCGUUUCCUCCCUUGAAAUUAAUGUUGUAAUUUUGAGGUUCCACUGUGUAUGAAUAUAUGAGGUUAGAGACACAAGGAGGUUUCAAGUUUGCAUGGAACCAUAAUUCCAAAGUUCUGUUGUUAAGGACUCAGGUCGUGUCGAUGGUGUGUGGAUGUUCAGUAGGUGUUGAUUUCUUUGAGACAUUUUAGAUUAAUGUGAACACCCCACAGUGAUGUGUAGAGAUUUAAAAUUUCAACAACAACAAAAAAAAAAGACGCAUGCGUUAUGACUUGAUAAUCUUAAAGCGGGAACGGGGUGGGGGGUGGGGUGGGGGGACAAAGUCUCGACAUCGCCUCCUCUUCCGCCGUUAUGUUAUGUCAUGAAUCCUUAAAAAAAAGAAGAAAAAAAAAAAAACGGUGACCACUGUGCUGUGUUGUAGAGCAGAAACGUCUUCCUCCCAGAGGGAAAUGGCAACACACCACGGUGUGUAAAAGUAGCUUGUUUUUAUUCAUAAAUUCAUAAAUUAUUGUUUCAUCCAUGCAGCAUCCCAACUGGCUUGUUACAUGCAGCACAGUCAAAAGUGAUUCCAAAAAAAAAAUGAUGUCAGUCAAGUGUUUAGGAGACGAUCCCAGUGUCCACCAAGGGGAGAUGGAUGUUUAUUGGUUGAUUGAUUGAUUGAUCGAUGACCUCAUCUUUAUUUUUUAUUUUUUCCAAGUGACUUCCAUGCAGGCCCUGCUGGUUCAGGGUGUCCUGUAGCUCGGGUAGCUUCAUCUUCAUCGUGUUGCAAGGUGGAAGUCUAAGCUAGUAUUACAGGGUCUAUCUGCAACAAUGUGGUCUUUUACAUUUUUUUGUCUCGCUGCAGCGGUCAAAAAAAUUGUCAAAUCGGUGCAUGCAUACAUUUCACUUAACUGUGUGUGUGUGUGAGUGUGUGUGUGCUUUUUAAGGCCAAGAAUUGUCAAUUUCUCAAUUAAAAAAAAGAUGUCUUUCCAUUUUUUAGUAGAUAACUGGAUUUUUUUUUCUUGAAAGCUGUCAUAAAAUAUAUGUUAAAGUCCUCUUUAGAGUGUUUCCUGCUCUCAAACACACAAUGUUCAUUUUCUUUAUGUGCCUGUUUGUGCGUAGAUGUUUCUGGUUUGUUCACUUGAAGACACUGUAUGCAAUCUGCACCAGGAAUGCCACUGAUUGACACUUACUGUAACGCUCCCCCUAAGGCGUGGAUAUCUGGAACUGUGCGUCGUGGCUUAAUGGUUUAAUGGUUUAUUUUACAAAAUAACAAGACCAGAGAAAUCUCAGUCUUCUAGAUUUUUCUAAUGAUGCACAUUAUCGGACACCGCACAUGGGAUUUUGCAGACCGUCAUGCAUCCUCACAAGUUUUUCCAAAGAUAAAAGAUGUAUGUUGAGUAGUAUUGAGAGCCACUGCACUGCAGUCUCAGCAGGAGAGCAAAUGCAAAGACGAGGUGGUCACUGGGGUAAUCUGGGUGUGACUUAAGCCGGAUUUUUAUUUUUGGAAAAGUCCUAACACGAGAACUGUAUAAAGUAUAUUUCAACGGAAUGUUCAUGAUCUAUCUUUUUAUAUUUUGAAGAGAGAGAGAGAAAAAAUAGAAACAUAUCAAUAAAAAUGUCAUAAUUUAACAUAUUUCUACUACUGAGACUUAAAAAUGUAUGAAUGUCAAUGUGAACUAAUGUGAAACCAAUCUCCAUAGCAGCUUGAAUGAAUUAACUGGUUCAAAAUCAUGAGAUGCUUUUCUUUUUUUUUCCAGAGAAAAUUGCUUCGAAUCAUUGAGAUGAACUUAAAAUAAAUGGGGAAAAUUUACAAUCA